AUGAUUUCCAAGUUGCUUUUGGUAGCUUUUAUUGCUACAAUAACAUCAUGUACCACACUCUUGCAGGCUACUACUCAUGGAUCUCCCCACCAAAGGCCAUAUCGUUUCUUGCAGGCCUACGGUGGCGGAUACGCCGGUGGUUCUGGUGCCGGAAUGGGAGGCGCUGGAGGAUUUGGAGGCGGUUCUGGUGGUGGUGGUGGUGGUGUCAUCAUAGGAGGUGGAUAUGGAUUGCGAGAAUCGAAGAUGGGUGUUAAUGAUAAGUGUUUGUACUUGGGUUUGGUUCUUUUGAGCACGCUUUGUGCUUUGAGUGGCAUUGGUCAUGGGAGUUAUGUGGAUGGUGGCGGUUUUGCUGAUCGUGAGGGUGGAGGAGGUGGCAGCAAUGGAGGGCAAGGUCAAGGAAGUGGUUUUGGUGCAGGUGCAGGCGGAGGGAUAGGCGGCAUGGGAGGAGGUGCAGGAGGAGGAGGUGGUGGUGGUGAAGGUGGUGGCAAUGGAGGACAAGGUCACGGUAGUGGUUAUGGUGCGGGUGCAGGUGCAGGAGUAACCAGCAUGGGAGGAGGAGGAGGAGGAGGAGGAGGUGGCGGUGGUGGUGGUGAAGGAAGUGAGAAUGGAGGGGAAGGUCAUGGUAGCGGUUAUGGUGCAGGGGCAGGCAUGGGUGGUGAAGGUGGCGGUUAUGGAGUUGGCGGGGGAAAUGGUAAUAAUAACGGUAAUGGGAUGGGAAUGGGUUUUGGAAUGGGGAUGGGGAUGGGUUUUGGUUUUGGCAUUGGAAGCAAUCAAGUAGGUGUUACCAAUCAUGGCCCUUAA